UGACAUUGGUAGACAGGAUUGGAUUGUGAAUUUUGUUGUCAGAAUUUUCUUUGCAUUUGUCUCUGUCUCUGUCGAUUGAAAAUGUUCACACUUAGUUCUAAAGCUACUGCUUCCUCUUCCGCUAGUUUGCAGUCUUCUCUCCUCUCAUCUCCUCGGACUCCUCCCGUUUCAAUUCCGACGCUUGCUGUUUUAGGAAGAGGGAUGAAUAACAACUCCUGCCCCUCCUCCCCGGUCUCCUCCUUCUCCUCCUCAGGCACGACUGGCCCACCGCAGUUAGUCAUGCAAAACGUGCCUGUUGGAUGGAGAUUCCACCCCUCCGAGGAAGAACUGGUUGAUUAUUAUUUGAAGAGGAAGAGGCGUGGUGAUCCUAUAGAUGGCAUGGACAUUGGCGAGGUUGAUAAAUUAUGCGAUCAUGAUCCUAAGGAUCUUCCAGAUCUUUUCAAGAAUAAAUCUAAGGAUAAGGUGUGGUAUUUCUUUUGUCUUCGCCUGCAUCACAAAAAUGGCCUGACUAAUAGGAAGGGAAAGGGUGGAUACUGGAAGUCCACAGGUGACCCUCGCUGGAUCAUGGCUGAAGAUAGUGAUGAGGUGAUUGGAAUAAAGAGAACUUUGGUUUUCCAUAAUCCUGACGCCACUCAAUGGGUCAUACAUGAGUAUGAGUACACCGCAGCCGCAGCAAUCAACACGCCUACUGAGGACAAUUAUGUUCUUUGUAAAUUAAAGAUAAAAUCAAAUAAGAAGGAAAAGGCAAGUAAGAGGUCAAAGAAAGCUGAACCAGAUUGCAGAACAAGGCCUAAAAAGAAGGCAAGAAAAUGUGAAUCAGACAGUAAUUUGACUUCUGCUUCCUCUUCUACUUCCAAAAAUAAAAAGUUAGAGGAGACUAUUGCUAAUUCAGCCUAUGGUGAAGGUGAACCAAGCAACAAUACGAUUUUGGAUUUAGAAAAUCAAAAUCUAAGUAUGGCUACUAUCUCAACCUGUAACAAAGGUGAGACAAGCUGCCCGAUGGCUUCUAAUUUUGAGAAUCAUUCUUAUAAUAAAGCUGUUGUUUCAACUUGUAAUAAAGGUGAAACAAGUUGCCCAACGGCUUCCUAUUUGGAGAAUCUUAGUCCAAAUGAGAUGACUGUUAUGUCAUCAUACAAGGAAGUUGAACCAAGUAGCCAAAGAGCUUCUGGUUUAGGAAACCAAAGUCCAUAUGAGAUAACUACUCUUUCAACCAAUAACAAAAGUGAAACGAGUUGUUUUAGGACUUGUGAUUUUGAAAAUCAUAAUUCAAAUGUUUUUGAGACUUGUGAUUUUGAAAAUCAUAAUUCAAAUGUUUUUGAGAAAGUAACACCAAGUUACCUUGUUCCUUUGGAUUUUGAAAAGCAAGAUCCUAGUAAAAUCUUGGACACAUCAGCCUCCAUAGAAGGUGAACAGUUUCCUCUCUUGGAAACACCUUCUGAUUUUGAACAUCAAAAUCAAUAUAGGAAGGUUGAUGUGUCAGUCAAUGAAAAUCAUAGAAGUCCCUCAAUGGCUUCUAAUACUGGAGAAACUAAAUCUCAAGGAAUGCAAAGUCAAUAUAAGAAGACAAAUAUGCCAUUCCUUGAAGAUUGUCCUGGUUCCUCAAUGGGUUCUAACAUCCAAGACGUUAUGUAUCAAGAAGGGCAAAGCCAAUAUGACAUAGAGAUUCCAAUCCCUGAAGAUGAUGAUCUGUUGAGUGUUUUUGGUGUAGAUAAAUUUCCUGAGAUAAGCCCUCAACUUUUGGACGAGCUUAUGGCAAGUUUUGACCCACAAGACAGCCUCAACUCUGCACCACAGCCGCCUAUUUGCGUCAAUGAAAGCCUCAAUAGCAAUGCCAUGGGUGCCUCCGUGCCUAUUUGAAUAGGAUAUGUUCCUAUUAGGUUCCUGCUUGGGAACUAAACAACCUAAUACUAAAAACGGACUGAGUUUAGUUUUUGUAUUUCUAAACAGGUAUGUCCCUCUGCUUUGUACUAAACGUGUCGGAAAGAAAUUAAAACAAUUAGUGUAGAAACCAAACAGUACUAGUUGUUUGGUUCCCACGUCAAUGGUUGAUCUUCCCGCUGGUUAGCCUGAUAAUGGAUGUGCUGAGUUUGACUCAGAUUUAGUAACUGCAGCUUUUAGCUGCAAUCCAUCAUUACAUGGCCUUUAUCCUCCUAAGUUUAUAGGCUAUAUUCUUACAAAAAUGUUACCAUGACUCUUCCUAUGGAGUUAUGAUUAGACUAUUGUCUUCUGUUCGGAAUAUGUAAACAAGAAGUGUUAUUUAACUUCUAUGUAUGGUUCUGUUCCUUAUUUAUGAAUGUAUAACAGCUUGUAUUUUCCGAGUACCUACCUCUGUAUUGUUGUAAAAAUGUUGAAUAAAAUGUUCAGCUUCACUGAAAAUUCAA